AUGGCAGACGAGCAAUGGUUCCAUGGUGCCUCGCUGUCAGACAUAGGUCGGCCGUCGUCAGACCCGCCAUCAGCGGCGUCAAGCACGGGCGGUCCUCCUCCGCAAACCGGCCGAAUGUCGGCCGGAACUCGCCGGACCGUCAAAGGUGCCGGCUCUGGCACUCCGUCAAAAGGAGCGACAGGCGGCAUGACGGCCGGGAAGAAGCGAAUGGCCGCGGUAACGGAAAAGGCGGUCGGGUUGAAGGAUCGACUACGGCAAGCGAGGGAGGAGGUGUUGGAGCUACGGCAGGACGCAUGCGACCUGCAGGAGUAUGCCUCUGCCAAGCUCAUGCGCGCCCAGACCUACCUGCAGCUGCUCGCCAAGAAGGCCCACGGACUCGACCAGGUGGCGCAGGAGGCGGAGUCCAAGGUGGCGCCUCUGAAGAAGGAGCGUCGGCGGCUCUUCAACAGCCUCAUCCAGUCCAAAGGCAACAUCCGAGUGGUGUGUCGGGUGCGCCCGGCAUUCGAGCACGAGGACUCGCUUGCGCUCUCCUUCCCAGACGAAACCACCAUCCGCAUCAACCCCUCCGCCACUGCCACUGCCACUGCUGCAGCCGGUGCAGCCAGUGCUGGCGGUGCGGGGAGUGCAGGGUCUCCUGGGUCUCUGGGUGGGGGCGGUGGCAGCAGCGGGCUGGCAAAGAGGGACUAUGAGCUGGAUCACAUCUAUGGGCCGCAUGUGGGGCAAGGCGAUCUAUUCGUGGACGCGGUGCAGCCCAUGGUGCAGGCUGUGAUGGACGGGUUCAACGCCUCCAUCAUUGCAUACGGGCAGAGCGGCUCGGGAAAAUCCCACACCAUGGUAUGCAUUGGUGGGACGCACCGCGUUUUGAGUCGACUCAAGUUUUGA